AAUAACAAAUAAAUAAAAACCAUGUCAGCCGAUUCGGAUAUGGAAUAUUCGGAUAAUGAUUGCGAAUACGAUGAUUAUUACAAUUCAGGUGAAGAUUGUGAUGUUGAACGUUUAGAUCCGAAAAAAACCGAUCCCGAAUAUUUCGAAUACGAAUGCCUAACAGUGGAAGAAGUUGAAAAAUUGCUCAACGAAUCGGUGGAAAAACUCAAUACAAUACUCCAGAUAACGCCAUCACUUGCCAAAGUUCUACUGCUCGAACAUCAGUGGAUCAAUCAGGUGGUGGUCGAUAAAUAUAGGCAAAAUGCCAAUGCUCUACUCGUAGAGACGCGCAUUAAACCGCCCUGUAAUAAUGUCGAUCCGGCAUUAGAGACAGAAAAUGUAGCCUCAACAAGUGCACAAGCACAAGCGGCAACUGGUACAACAACGAUUGGUACUUUAAGUACGUAUAGUAAAUCACCAACAGCCACGCCCUCACCAAGUAGUAGUAGUGGUGGGAGUGGAGGCGGUGGUAUUGUUGGUGUAAUUGGCAGCUUAACACAACAGUAUCGUAGUCAAAUGUGUCCUGUUUGUGCCACAGUGCAGCUGGGUGAUAAAUUCUAUAGUUUAUCGUGUGCCCAUUCAUUUUGUAAAGACUGUUGGUCCAUGUUUUUUGAUACGCAAAUAUUUCAGGGAAUUUCCACUCAAAUUGGUUGUAUGGCUCAAAUGUGCAAUGUUCGUGUGCCCGAGGAUUUGGUUUUGACUUUAGUAACACGCCCCGUUAUGCGUGAAAAAUACCAACAGUUUGCUUAAGACUAUGUUAAAUCACAUCCCGAGUUACGCUUUUGUCCCGGUCCUAAUUGUCAAAUUAUUGUACGUUCACGUGAAAUAGCACCCAAACGUGUUGUUUGCACUUCCUGCACUACUAGCUUUUGUUUCAAAUGCGGCAUGGACUAUCAUGCACCCACAGAUUGUCAAAUUAUUAGAAAAUGGUUGACCAAAUGCGCCGACGACAGCGAAACGGCCAACUAUAUAAGCGCCAAUACCAAAGACUGUCCCAAGUGUCACAUCUGCAUUGAGAAGAAUGGCGGCUGUAAUCAUAUGCAAUGUUUCAAUUGUAAAUACGAUUUCUGUUGGAUGUGUUUGGGCGAUUGGAAGACUCACGGUUCGGAGUAUUAUGAAUGUUCACGUUAUAAAGAUAAUCCCAAUAUUGCCAAUGAAUCGGUACAUGUUCAGGCCAGAGAGGCUCUAAAGAAAUAUCUACAUUACUAUGAACGUUGGGAGAAUCACUCGAAGUCGUUGCAAUUGGAGCAACAGACAUUGGAUCGUCUGCGUACACGCAUUAACGAUAAGGUUAUGAAGGGACGUGGCACUUGGAUUGAUUGGCAGUAUUUGUUUAAUGCCGCCUCGCUGUUGGCCAAAUGUCGUUAUACCUUGCAGUACACUUAUCCGUAUGCGUAUUUUAUGGACAGUGGUUCACGCAAAGAUCUAUUUGAAUAUCAACAGGCUCAACUAGAAGCUGAAAUAGAAAAUCUCUCCUGGAAGAUUGAACGUGCUGAAACAACGGAUUUAGGUGAUUUAGAAAAUCAAAUGGAUAUUGCUGAAAAACGACGCACUACUUUGCUCAAAGACUUCUUCCCUGUUGAGGGUUAAUUUAAUCAAUUAUAU